GAGCACCCAGAGGAGAUCAUCACUGAGACUUCAGUCAUAAACGUGUCAAUUAACACCACUAUUUAUCAGCAGGGGCGGCGGCGGGGGGGCUUGUUUCCACAGAGUCAUAACAGACCGCCGCUCGCCCUUCGCCGAGGCGCGCCAUUCUUUCACGAGCCGCUCCGCUCUGACUCGGCCUAUUGUGGAAGCACAAGUGGGGAGCCAGGAAGAAAGGGCGGGGUCAAGGUUCACGCCAGAGUCUCUCACGGGUGGACCGCCCCCCCCCUGUGAUCAAAUUAGUCCAGACACAAAAAAGGAGCCUCAGUCUCUCAUCUUGAGGGAGAAAGCGAGAGGAGGACCGCACUCUUUGUCGUCCAAGCAACUCUUCUCCUCAGCUCUGAUUGAUUACAAAACAUUGAGGAGGUCGUCAGGAAAGUAAACAAGAAACAAAGAUGGCGUCGACGGAGCCAGCAUUAGCAUUCUUCAACGAGUCGUCAGAAAGCUGCCCGGCGGCGGCGUCGAGGACGGAGAACGUGGUGUUGGGAGUGGUCUACGUGGUGGUCUUUUUGCUGGCGCUGGUGGGCAACGGCCUGGCCCUCUGGAUCUUCUCCCGCCAGCGCGCGGCGUCCUCGCCCGCCGACAUCUUCCUGACCCACCUGGCCGUGGCCGACCUGUCCUACGUGGUCAUCCUCCCCCUGAGGGCCGCCUACCACCUGACGGGGGGCCACUGGCCCUUCGGGGAGGCGGCCUGCCGAGCGGCGGGCUUCCUGUUUUACGUGAACAUGUACGCCAGCCUGUACUUCCUGGCCUGCGUGGCGGGGGACCGCUACCUGGCGGUGGUGCACGCCGUCAGGUCGCUGAGGGUGCGGCGCGCCCGCUACGCCCACGCGGUCAGCUUCAGCCUGUGGGCGCUGGUCACCGUCUCCAUGGCGCCCCUGCUGGUGACGCGGCAGACGGCAGAAGUGGGCGGCGUGACGGCGUGUCUGCAGCUCUACCGGGAGAAGGCGUCUCGCCGCGCCUUGAUCUCGCUGGGCGUGGCCUUCACGCCGCCCUUCCUGUUCACGCUGUGCUGCUACCUGCUCAUCAUCCGCAGUCUGCACCGCGGCUGCCGGCUGGAGCCCGCCCUCAAGCUGCGGGCGCUGCGCACCAUCAGCCUGGUCAUGCUGGUCUACGUGGUCUGCUUCCUGCCCUACCACGUGAGCCGCGCCACCUUCAUCCUGGGCCACAGCCAGCUGCGGGUGUCCUGCCACGCCCGCAGGAGCCUGGGUCUGUCCAACCGCCUCACCUCCUUGUUCACCUGCCUCAACGGCGCCAUGGACCCGCUCAUCUACCUCUUUGGCGCCGAGAAGUUCCGCGGCGCUCUGAUGCGACUGCUUGGCAAAGGCAGGGCGGCGGGCGGCGACGCCACCAGCGCCGACUUGAAAGGAACACACGAGAGUUCUCUGAGUGCCAAGUCGGAUUUUGAACUUGGGAUCUCCAGGCCUCGCUGAACGCUUCGCCGGUGCGGGAACGUGCGUCCUUUUUUUUUUACAACUGUGGCUCCAUCUAGUGGUACGCCAAAGAAUUGCUUAAAUCAAUGUGACUGUUCAAACUGGGUGUAAUCGGACACAUACGCCUUGUAUUUGAUGAAUACUUAGGUCUACUACACUACUGUAUUUUAAUGUUGUCAUUAUGGUGGUACUUAAUG